AUGUCGAGCUAUGGAAAGUUCCUCAAGGACGUCUUAAGCAAAAAGAGACGUUUGGAAGAUGUAGAGAUGGUGGAAUUGACGGAGGAGUCUAAAAGAAUUUGUUUGGGAGAAAUUAAGAAAACUAAUAUUUCUUUGCAGAUGGCUGAUAGAUCACUUACAUAUCCUCACGGCAUUCUUGAAGAUGUUCUAGUGAAGGUGGAUCACUUCAUAUUCCCAGCUGAUUUCAUAGUUUUGGAUAUGGAAGAAGAUGUCGACACUCCAAGUAUUUUAGGCCGCCCAUUCCUCAUUAGAGGAAGAAUGAUAAUUGACGUAGAAAAAGGUUCUUUGAUCUUACAAGACGCCGAUCAAGAGGUGGAAUUCAAAGUUUUUGAUGCAACCAAGUACCCCAUUGAUUCGGAGUAUUGUUUCCAUUUAAAAGCAGUAGAUCAGGUUGUUCGACCACAAUUCAUAGCAGACUACCCAAAAGAUCCAUUGAAAGCAAGUUUGGUUCAUGAGAUAGAGGUAGGAGAGGAGCCACAUGCGCUCGAAAUGGUGAACACAUUGGAAACCAAGGUCGUCCCAAGCACCAUUGCCUCACCAACCCUCACUUUGAAUAGAUGCUUGGAAGCAAAUUUCAAAUAA